GCCUCUGUGUAAAAUCCAAUAGGAAAUUUCACCAGCUCCUCCUAAAACUAAGCUUCAGAAUCCUGGGCUAGAUUCCAGAAAUACUAGCAGUUUCGUGGCACACGCAGGAGGAGGCACAGACCAACUGUAGCUUUGGAAUUCAUAGAAGAGGUUGUCUGAAGGGAGAAAGGUGCUAUGGUGCUAUGAAGAGGAACUGCAGUCCUUGUAUAUUGUACAUAAAGAAGGUGCAAUCUAAAUAGACAGAGAGAGAGCCUUUGCCAGCUUCUCAAUGGAACUCAGGAUAGUCACCUUGGUUUUGCUGUUUAGCUCCUUGAAUGGAGAGUUGAGCAAACCUCACAAAUUGCAGCGGCGAGGUCUUCUCCAGUUGGCUGGGGCUAUUUACUGUGGAACUGGUCGCUCUGCUGUACAUUACAUUGGAUAUGGAUGCCACUGUGGACUAGGAGGAAAAGGAGCACCAAAAGAUAACACAGACUGGUGUUGCCAUAGUCACGACUGUUGCUAUGAAUUUGCAGAAAAAUAUGGGUGCAAAACCAAAAUGGGACAAUACAGCUGGACUUGUAAAGACAAGACUGUAAAAUGCGGUGACAUGCAGGAUUGGUGCCAAAAAAUAGUGUGCAAAUGUGACAGUAAAUUUGCCAGAUGCUUAAGUAAAACCAGAUUCUACUCCAAGCACGUCUUGUAUCCUAAUCUACUUUGUAAGAAACGUACACCGUCAUGCAGAUCAAGUAAAGACUGGUUUUCGGACAGAGAGUAACCAGCUAAGGAAUGAAUUAAGAUUUAAUUUUUGGUUGGGUUGCACAGGAGAUGGAGUUGCUGAAUUGGUAUAUCCAAUGCCAUAAUCUUUUUCACUUUACUUUGCUACUAUACAUGUUUUGUUACGCACCUAAAGCAGGGGCGAUCCUGGCCCCUCCGCCGCCUGAGGCAGCAGCAGUUGCUGCUGCCCCCCCUC